GUUUGUAGCGGAUUUUGGAUGAAAUUGUUAAUGAAAAUGGUAUCAAAGCAUGCCUUUAAAAAAUUAGAUAGCAACGAAAGGGAAUUUGAUCGAGCUUAUAUUAAACUUGAUACGCUGUUUGAGAGUAAAGUACCUCUUAGUACUGAUAGGGAGUUAUUUCGGAUAUAUCUCAAUAAACUCAAUAAACUAUAUACGGAUACUUCCCUCAACGCUCAAAUUGCGUACGAAAAUUUAUCAAGACUUGAAGCUCGGGAAAUCGUGCUUGUCAGUGAUUUAGAAACAGCGGUUGCAGGGAAAUCGUUUUCAGAAAAAGAAGUUGAAUAUCUCUUACUCGAGCUUCAUAACCUUCAGCUUAAACUAUCUUCCAUAAAUGGAUCUAAUACAACAGCAGAGAAUGUCAAACGAUCCUUAGAAAAGCAACAAGAAGAUCGCAAGAGCCAAUUUAUUUUGGGAGACCGAAUGCACACAGCCAUUUCGAUAUUAACAAAAGAAAGUCAGGAACUCAAGUCAUAUAUAUCUAAUUUACAAGAUGAACUUUAUGGUACUCGAAUGGCAGUGAAGUAUCUAUAUAAGGAAUUAGCCGGACGUAUUCAGCAAAUACAACUUCUUUGCCAGAAAAUGGAUGGUCCACAGCAAGAAAAACUUUGGAAUACCCUUGAAUCAGAAAUACUUCUUUGCAGACACAAAACAGUCAACCUUAGUUGUCGGAAUCGACUAGAUCCGCCUCCGCGUAAGUUUACUAAAAUCUUAAAUCAGUGCAAUCGAGUUCGGCACGUUACGGUUCACCGCGAACCCACGGAGGAGUUGGGAAUUUCCAUCACGGGCGGACUCGAGUAUGGAGUGCCAAUCCUUAUUUCCGAGAUUAUUCCCAACCAGGUGGUUCACCGCUCGGGCGAAUUCUAUAUUGGUGACGCAAUUCUCUCCGUCAAUGGAAACGACCUUCGAAAUAAGCGGCAUCACGGCGCCGCAGAUAUUCUGGCUGCUCAGCAGGUAAACUUCACUGAAUUACCAGAUAUAUGA